GUCAGUGUUUUGGUUAAAUGCAUGCAGAAGUGGUCCAACCAGAGAAACGCUCAAGUGAUUGUAUCGUUUUAAUUUAUUUCAGACAGUUCGUGUGAGCUCUUCUACAAGAACAUUAGCAGGAAGCACGCAAGUGUGAGACCAUGGUGGUGAAUCUCUGCCUGCCACAUUUCAAGACCACCAUCCAGUGUGACAAGCUGUGUGCAGAUGGGUAUGACGUCACCAACCUCCUAUCGGCCGACCCAGCAGUCCGGAGGCGGGGUUUUAAGCUGGAGUACUUCCUUCGGCCACCCGUUCAGGUUACACUGCAGUUUGGUUUCCAGGUGGAAGUGUGUCGGGUGGAUGUGGAACUGUGGCCCUGGGGGAUGGACCGAGGACAGGCCUGCAAGAGGCUGGAGAUCAGCACCAGCUCUGAUCCCCCACUCCCUCACAACCACAGCCUAGAGCAGGGCCAAAGUCAGGCCCAACCAGGCCAAGACAAGGGCCAGCAAUGGGACCAAGCCAAGGCCCAAUUCAAGGGCCACCAAUGGAGCCUCCAGGCCCAACAAUGGAGCCUACAAGGCCAGGAGAAGAGUCAGCAAUGGACCCAACGUGGCCAAACUCAGAGUCACACAGACACCAGCCAGGGGGAUUUCCGCCUAGUGGGACGCUGUGAACUAAGAGAAGAGAUCCAUGUCAGUUUCUCCCAUCCCUGUUUCCGCCCGCGCCCUCCCUUCCCCUCCCUGCCACCGCCUCCCCGAGAGGGGUGUAGACAAGAGGAGCUGUGGAGCAGGGGCCCGCUCUCACUAGGCUCUGUGAAGCAGCUUCGUGUGUCAGUGCCGUACGGUGCGGGUGCCUCCGCGAUGGGGCUCAAGGCACUGGCAGUGUGGGGGCUGCCUUCUCGCUGCUGCCCUCCAGAGGAGGUGGAGAGGGUGAGGAUAGCACAUGAGAACGCUAGCCUGAGACCAGCGCCACAGCUUAGCCACUUGGCAUCAGCGCAGACUUCCCCUGUCAUUCAACCACAGCCGCUGUCACAGACGACAACACCAACGAGCCUCCUGCAGGUCCCUGAGGAGUUCCUGGACCCCCUGACCCAGGAAGUGAUGUUGCUGCCUAUGCUGCUGCCCAGCGGAGUGUCUGUGGACAGCUCCACUCUGGAGGAGUACCAGAGGAGGGAGGCUACCUGGGGUCGUGUCCCCAACGACCCCUUCACCGGUGUUCCCUUCAUCCCUGAGGCACAGGCCCUCCCCAACCCCCACCUGAAGAGCCGCAUCGACCGCUUCCUGCUUCAGACAGGGUUAGAGGUCAGGGAGGGGAUGGUGGGGAGGCAGGUCCAGGGGGAGAAUCCGCACACCUCCAGACUCAUACCCCCACAGAGGACAGGGGACAGUGGGGCCCCUGCAGUCACUAAUGCUGCUGCUGCUAUAGAGUCAGCCAACCACCAGGGUGCACUUAGCAGAAACAGUGGGACUCUCACACAGACUACACAAAAACGGGCAGAAAGUGUUAAUACAGAGAGGAGCCUCUCUACGCAGCACAGGGGAACCGGGGCUUUUAACAACAGGGUGAAGAAUGGGAAUGGGAAGGACCGGUGUGCUGGUAAAGUUGGUCGUAAAGAAGGGGUAGUGGAUAGAGUGAGUUCCCAGGAUGGAGGGCCAGAUUUGGGGACUAGGAGGAAGAGAGAGCUGGAGGUUUGGGCCACUCUGAUCCGCUCUAAGGGAAAGGGUGAGCCCACCGCAGCCAAAGCAGCCUCUGCUAGCGCUGGUCACGCCAAGGAGCUACUUCCUGACUCGAAAAGACUAAGAACAGACACAAACUCCACUAUCUCCACAGCCACAGUUCCCAGCGGUAGCUCCCAUGAGCAGCGUUUGUCUGCCAGUCUAGACCAUGAGCAGCGUUUGUCUGCCAGUCUAGACCAUGAGCAGCGUUCGUCUGCCAGUCUAGACCAUGAGCAGCGUUCGUCUGCCAGUCUAGACCAUAAGCAGCGUUCGUCUGCCAGUCUAGACCAUGAGCAGCGUUCGUCUGCCAGUCUAGACCAUGAGCAGCGUUCGUCUGCCAGUCUAGACCAUGAGCAGCGUUUGUCUGCCAGUCUAGACCAGGCCCUUCUCUCAGCUCUGCAGGGUCGACCCUCCUUUACCUCCUACACCUCCCAAACCCCCCAGGUCCAACACAAACACACAGACACACCUGCUGACACCCCAACAGCGUUUCCUAUUUCUCUCCUUCCCCCCCUUCUCUCUCCCCUUCCCUAUCUCUCUCUCCCAGGUGAGAACAGGUGUGGUUCUUGUUCCUGCUCUCUGUCCGUCUACUCGACCUCUCCGUCAGCGUACCGCCUGCCCUGUGGUCACUUCCUGUGCCGCCCCUGCCUACACAGGAAGCCCCGCCCACUUGUCACCACAGCAAUGCCCAAUCACAUCCUAUGUCCCACCUGCAAUAGCCCUGCCUCUUCCAGUGACAUCACACGCGUGCAUCACUGAAUGGAAAAAUGUGUGGCAUUAACCACUGAACUGAACAACCCACGUGACUCCCAACCCACGUGUUGUUAACCACCACCGGACACACGGUCACCCACUCACUGUACAUGCCUGUGCUCUUCACUGCACACGUGAGCAGCGGAAUAGCAGUGGACAUUGGAGGAAACAGAUUACAAUGGGACUCUUUAUUAUCCCUUGGGCCUUGAUAAACAGUUACUUAAACUCCACCUGUCUUGUGCUGCCCCUCUACCCCACUCCCCAACGGAAGUCAUUAAAAUGUUUACAGACUGA